GUCGCAUCUACGUUAUCGAUGGCAACACGCGCCUCAAGGCCGCACAUGUUCGGCGCUGCCAUCAGAGCUUGCUGACGAAGUUGGGAGACUGGCGGCCCUCCGGCAGUCAGCCGCUGCUUGAUCAGCUGCCGCCCUUGCUCAGCCGCUUCGACCAAGCAUGGACUGACUUCGAGGGGAGCUACGUGGCCGAGCUGAUGCGGAUCGAGGUCGAGGCUAGGAGGCCUAUGGAAAGGGCA